CUCUUAAAAAUAAUAGCUCUUAUAUGCUUCCCUUCUUUCUCUUGUAUGCUACAUUUCUUUGUUCAGACUUAAUUCGUUUGACUUUUAUUUUGACUAGUUGUUGUAUAUUAAUUUAAAUUAUAAACUAUAAUGAGGGAGAUUCGAACUAGGCGCUUGUUGAUGGACAUUCUUCCCUUUAUUUUUAUUUUUCCUUUUUAGUAUUAAUUGUAUUUUUUUUAUCGAUAGGGUAGAAUUGUGGAAUGCCAUUUCCACUUGUAAAACAAUUUAUUUAGCAGCAUGUCGUUUAUUAGAUACACAUAAUAAUUUCUUGAGAGGAAAUAGUUUACUGAUCUAAUUAAUUUGGCUAGAAAUCAUAUCCACAACCAUUAUAACUAACGAUUUGCACUGCAUUUUUUCUUCUAAAAUAGUCCCAUUCAAAGAAUUUGAAAAAGAUUUGUUCAAAAAAAAAAAAGAAAAGGAAUUUGAAAAAAGAUUGUUUUCUUAAUUUCUAAGGAGUAUUGGAAUUUUUUUGGAUGAAAGCAAUUAAUUAAUUCAUUUUCAGACGAGAUUUUUUUUUUUUUGGUCGAAAUUUCAGACGAGAUUCGAGUUUCCACAAAUAAACCCUAAUACAUAUCUUCUCCAGCUACAUAAAUGCCCCACCCCCUACACAUGAAAGCAGACUGAAGAAGCAGAAUUCUCAUUCAAUCAUGAACAACACCAAACAAAUGUCGACCCAGUUUCUCCUCUCUCCUCUCUUCCUCUUCUUCUUCCUCUCCCACCCUAUCUCUACCAUCGGAGCUCCAUCUAAUGACAAUAUCCAGGCCGCGAAGGACGCCAUCAGCGCCGGCCUAACCAGUGCUAAGAACACGGCCGACCACGUCUCUAAAAUCCCCCACCAACCAGACCCGCGCACAGCAGACGCCCUUAGCAGCUGCACAGAGGUCUUAGGCAACGCCGUCGAUAGCUUUGGCGACUCACUUAAGCAGAUGAACGAGCUCGACGCCCCUGGCACCCCGUCAUUCCAGCUCCAGAUCAGUAACGUGUUGACAUGGUUGAGCGCUGCGCUUACCGACGAGGAUACUUGUAUAGAAGGCUUCAAGGGUGUGGCGGAAGGGCCAGUGAAGACCGACGUGUCCAAUCGGGUGCAAGAGGUGGAGAAGCUUACUCACAAUGCGCUUGCGCUCGUCAAUAAUCUCAAGGCCGCGCCUUAAUCAAGCCUACAUCUCGUUUCAAAUGUUAAAUUAUAUAUGUUGAUCGAUUAUGCACAACCACCAAAUGUCACCAUAAGUGUUACUAUAAUCAAAUUAUGAAAAACUGGAUCGCCAAUAUGAUUAGGAAUUACUAAA